UCCACUGGAAGUGUGGAGCAGCGGAGCAAUGGAUCAAGCAGCGAACCGCGAGAAAUAUUUCACUGAGCCCUUGUUAGGGUUCUUCAUUACCGCAUUAUGGCUUGCGCGCUCAAUGGAUCGCAGCUCCAGCUCCAGGCGCUCUCGAAUGACAGGCAUUCCAGAAUCCGUGGUCUCGAUCUAUGCCGAUCCAUGCCGCGCAUCGAAAUCUCCAGACUCCGGCAAAACAAGUCACUCAAGAUCCAAGCGGGGGUGACUGUGAGCACCACCAAGGAUACUGCUGCUCUUGGAUCAGACAUCGAUUGGGAGAACAUUGGGUUUGGAAUUCGUUCUACGGACUUCAUGUACGUAAUGAAGACCGAUCGAAACGGGGAAUGGAGGUCGGGAGAACUUCUUCCAUUUGGUAACUUGGAGCUCAGUCCUGCCGCUGGAGUGCUCAACUAUGGACAAGGCUUGUUUGAAGGCAUGAAAGCUUACCGGACACAAGAUGGCUCCGCGGUUUUGUUUCGACCAAAAGAAAAUGCACUUCGUAUGAUCUCCGGAGCAAAACGAAUGUGCAUGCCGGCACCAUCGGUAGGGGAUUUCACUGCCGCUGUGAAGAGCACAGUGAAAGCAAACGUUCGUUGGGUACCUCCUCAUGGCAAAGGUUCUCUAUACAUCCGACCUUUGCUCAUUGGAUCCGGAGCUAUUCUAGGCCUUGCACCAGCUCCGGAGUAUAGCUUCAUCAUCUAUGUGUCACCCGUGGGAAAUUAUUUCAAGAGUGGCUUAGCUCCUAUCUCACUCAAAGUGGAAACGUUUUACCACCGCGCAGCACCUGGAGGAACUGGUGGCGUCAAGACGAUUGGAAACUACGCUCCUGUUUUAAAGACACAACUCGAUGCCAAGGACCAAGGCUUCUCGGAUGUUUUGUAUCUAGAUGCUGCCGAGAACAAGUAUGUCGAGGAGGUUUCGUCUUGCAACAUUUUUACCGUGAAGGGUAACACGAUCUCCACUCCUGAAACGCUGGGCACGAUACUCCCUGGGAUUACCAGGAAGAGCGUAAUAGAACUUGCUCGAGACAUGGGCUAUAAGGUGAAGGAGACGGCCGUGACAGUGGAGGAAUUGCUUGACGCAGACGAGGUGUUUUGCACGGGGACGGCCGUGGUUGUCAAUCCGGUUGGAUCGAUCACAUACGGUGAUAGAAGGGUAACUUACAGUGAUGGCGGCGUGGGAAAAGUGUCAAGAGCGCUAAGCACGUCCCUGACCGACAUCCAGAUGGGUAGAAGCGAAGAUAAGUUUGGCUGGGUAGAACAACUGUGAAAGAAACAUGGAUAAAUUUAAAGGUCCGCUAUUUCCUUUAA